AUGAUGAACGGCAAGAUGAGUCUUUCCCGUAAUGGUUCCCUGGAGAAACCCGUCUCUCUGCAGUCCCCCACAGAUCGGGGGGAGCCCGAAUCUCCUCACCCGCGUCUCCAUCACACCGGUUCCAUCUCCUCCAGUACUCCAGCAAACCUGUCCAGCUCAGGUGUAGUGGUUCCUCCUCCGUACUCAAUAGAAGGUAGUGCAGUGAUCGACUCUCCUCUGGAGCUGAGGGGCUCUUUGGACUGUUGGGCCUGUUCUGUUCUGGUUACAGCACAGAAUCUGAUCAUCGCCGCCCUCAACGUAGGUUUGGCUGCAUUUAUCUUCGGCCUCAUCCUCUUGCCAACGCUCAUCAUGGUCGUUUUUGGCUUCCUCUGCCAUUCAACGGUUCAACGCCACGGUACUUCCGUCUACUGUUCAGAUCUCUUGGACGAUGGAGGUUGUGUGGCUUUGCUGGUGGUGGGGUUCCUGCUGCUGGCUCCGCUCCUGGUUCUGGCUCUGGCCGCUUAUUGCAGGAUGGCCCGCCACCUCCAGCUGGGUCUGUGCUUCAUCCCCUACAGCCGGGCCGUCUACAAGAACCUGCCUGCAUCAGGUCAUCGAGGCCUGGGGGGCUGCUGUGGCCAGCAGGGGGCAGGAGAGAGCGAGGGAAAGGGAAGCGUGUGGGUUUGAGCAGCCUGAAAAACCUACAGAAGAGCCUGGUGAAUUUAAUGUGAAUAGCCAUUGCAAUAGGUCACAACAGAACCCAAAUAAUACCAAACAGA